AUGUACAUUCUUUACGAUAAGAAUAACCCCUUAGAUCAUAUUUCACACAUUCAGAUGCCUCCCGUUUCAGCUCAAGAAACCGCCUCCAUGUCUCUCAGAUUUAACAACUUCACUGACGGUGAGACGGUUCACCAGCGCUGUGUAAUCAUCAAAGGAACCUACACGCCGGGCUCUAACGUUUGCGAUGACUUUGCAACAGUCGAGGCUAACGACAGCACAAACACGACUUUCCCAACCCAAACCUGGCCCAUCGCAGAUAACAGGAUCAAAAUCAUCGCCCUACUCUCCCCAGGCCUCAACACACUCACCAUCACCCGCACAUCCGGCACUCAAACCAUCACCAACGAGCUCAACCUAACAUACAUCCCCCUCCUCCAAUUACCCCCUCUCCACCUCGCCGUAAUGGUCGCAAAGGACUCCCCUCUCCUCAUCGACUGCCCGCCUCUCAAACACGGCGCCACUUCUACAGCUCACUCUUCUCUCGAUGCUGCCAUCGCCAAGCUCCGCAUGUCUGCGUACAUGUGGCAAGCCCUCACCGCCGAAGACAUGCGACUCAAGGGUCUCGGCCGUCGCUCCUUUAGGCUGGAGGAGGAAUGGGCUGCCGACACGACUAGCCGCGAGUUUCUGAACGGGCUGCACGAAGAUGCUCUCUUUGACAGUGGUGCCAUGCGCUCUACUGCCAAAGUCCAUAUUGUUCGAUCGGAGAGGACGACGGCAGAGAUCCGUGACGCGGAGGUUGCACAACAGAACGAGACCGCAAAGUCAAGAGAUGGAUUGUUUGACUACUUUUUGGAUGCCCUUGCGGCCCAGGGUUCGCCUUUCGAGGCUUCGGCGCAUCCAGUUGUCGCGGGUAUGAUUCUUGAUUCGCACUUUUCUGUGAGCAAGAAACUCAUCCUCGGCCACGCCGCACUGGGAUGUCAUAACCCGACUGGUGUGUCCCUCGGCAUGAUGGGCAGUCACCUGACGUACUCGUGGCCUCGGUUCCUAGAGGAAGUCUCGGACUGUCUUCUCGACACUCGCGCCCCAGGACAGACAGUCGGCGACGACAACGGAGAGUGCGGGACGUUCUGGGAGGCUUGUUCGAUUGGGCAGGGCGCGUUCUUGCACGAGGUCGGACAUGCUUUUGGGGCUCCGCAUACGACUGGUAUCAUGGCGCGCGGGUACUCUGGCCACUGGCCCCGAAACUUCCUUGUCAAGACGGCGUACUCUCAGAAGGUCAACAAGGAAGGUUUUGUCGUGGUUGAUGGGCAGACGGAGAACGAUGCUAGGUGGGAUCUGCGGGAUGCCCUGUCCUUCCGGUCCCUCAACCACUUCUGGCUACCCGGCGAUACCAGACUGUCAGCGGUGCAGCGAUCGAGCGCCCCGACUGUCUCACUCAUCAACAUUGAGACUGAUGAUGUCGGAGUUGAGAUUGCUUGCGCAGCCAACCUCGCUCGCAUGGAGUUCAACGACAAAUCUGAACUCCUUCCAUCCAUGGAUUGCCCGGCCUGGAAAGUGUCUUACACUCUCAAGGAACUCGAAGCCCGCUUCUCCCGCGACGAGAACCUGAAGCUCUACGUGCUCGGUAUGAACGGCAAGACCAAGACGGUGCGCGAUCUCUGGCGUCUCUUCUCAUCGACCACGUACGUCCGCAUUCCCGGGUCGGACGUCCUUCUGCGCAAGCGAUCCGUCGUGACGAAGGACCUCGAGGAGUCGGCCGAUGAUGGCGAGGGAGAAAAGUUCUGGUCGUGGGCGACGCUGCUUACACGCCGGAAGAGCGAUGGGUCUGUUGUGCGGGCGAACUCGGUGGAUGUGCGGACUGGAUGUAUCCUUGACGGCGCGUAUGUGCAUUUCCCUGACGGCGAUCGUGUGAACUGUGGUCCUCGGAUCAAUAAGUGGGGUGGUGGUGAGCAUACGUUUGGCGGUCAUGCCUCUGAGGAGGUUAAGAUCCCCAAGGGUGCAGAGAUUGUCAAGAUUGAGGUGUCUAGGGAGGAGGAUACCCUUCGCGGUAUGAGGAUUCAUCUGAGUAAUGGCUCGUCUGGCGGUGCUUUGACGGGAUAUGGGGAUAUUCCCGAGACCUCGACUCUUGAGGCGCAAGCAGACGAGUGUAUUGUCGGAUUCUAUGGCCGCAGCUGGUGGGGUAGCAACUUUGAUGGCUUGGUUGAGUUUGGUAUCAUUACCGCUCCCAAAGACUUUGAGUUGCCGGACGUUGUGUACGGAAUGAUGGAGCUUCAGAACACAGAAGGAGGUCUCGAGCGUGAGGCAGAUUUUGAAAAUGGGGAUGAGGAAAUGGACGACGAGGAGUAG